UCCAAUCUCAACCGUGAGUUUCUACCCUAGUCCCCGAGUCCAGGUUUCAGUCUCUCCCUCAAGUCCUCGACGACUCCCUCGAGCUCGACUCCAUAUCUUAAAUCUCAAAUUCUCAAUCGUUUUCUCCAGCCUCACAUCACAGAAAUCACGCAGCCCAUCACUGCUGUCGAGACCAACACAACGGCACCACCCAUUCAGCCAUCAUCCUCGACGACAUCCCAGGGAACCCAGGUCCUAGAACCACGACGGCUCGAUUCUCUCCUCUUCGACAACACCACUGCUGUCGCGACCAUCAUCACCCCAUCACUGCCAUUGAGGACACUGCUACCAGCCAUCAUCCCUCUAAAAUUUAGGGAGUGAAUCUGUGCAAACUGUAAAAUCUGCACACUGCACUAGUAGUGAAUCUGUGCAAAUCUAUGGACUUGGAUGUUCGACUUUGUAAUGUUGCAGGGAGUGAAUUUGUGCAAACUAUAAAAUCUGCACACUGCACUAGUAGUGAAUCUGUGCAAAUUUUAGGUUUUGUUUUUUUCACAAAAAAAAAAAAAAAGAAAAAAAAAACCGGAGGACCCGUGGACCCGACCCGGUUUCGAUAUUAGAAUAUGUUGUCCCCUGCCGACCUGUCUCUUUUAAAUCCAGAUCUGGUCUGGUCCCUUCAAAAUUAGGCUUGGCCCGGCCCGUGCCCAGCCCUAAGAGAGGUUGGGUAAAGAAAAGAGAGAAAAAUGUAAUAGGGGAGGGAUGGAUGAAUGGAGUUGGGGAGGUAGAUAUCGGAAACAGAGCCAGGGGUGGGGGUGGGAGCGAGAGGAGGAUGGAUUGAUUUAUGUUGCGUGGUAUGGGGUCGUAGAAAUGGGAUUAUGAGUCGAGAGAUUCGAGAUUGGGUUGGGGUCUGAAGGCUCUGAGUUGUGAGAUCGAGUUGGAAUCUGAGAUGAGACAGGUGGAGGCGUGUCGGGUAGAGGAACGUCUCUAAGUCAAAGAUGGUGUGUCAGGAAAUGGAGGUGACGGUUCUUCUGAGCCCAGUACGUGUUUCAGCUUCUCUCAACCCAAAACGCCUUUCUAUUUUCUGCCAUCAAUCCCAUUCACAAAAUCGAGCCUUCGCACGCAAGAUAAUCCGGAAAUGGAAGCGGGAUGAGUGUUUUAAUGGCCAAGCUACUUACGUAGAUUGCGUGCGGAUAAUUCGGAGUUUAAGUGAACAAAGGUUGCCUCAUGUAGCUCAGGAGCUUUUACUCGAAAUGAAAUCGGAUGGUCUUUUGCCCAGCAACUCCACUCUAUCUGCUUUGAUGCUAUGCCAUGCCAACAAUGGCCUUUUUCCUCAAGCGGAAGCAGUGUGGAACGAAAUGUUAUAUUCUUCUUUUGUGCCUAGUAUUCAGGUUGUUUCGCAGUUAUUUGAUGUUUAUGGACAUGCGGGAUGUUUUGAAAAAGUGAAUGAAAUUUUGGGCCAGAUAAGGGCUAGGUAUUUGAGUUUGUUUCCGGAGGUUUACUUGCUAGCUAUCUCUUGUUUUGGGAAGGGAGGCCAGCUUGAAUUGAUGGAAGGUGCAUUGAAAGAAAUGAUUUCAAUGGGUUUCCCGGUGGACUCUGCCACUGGAAAUGCCUUUAUCAGAUACUAUAGCAUUUUUGGUUCCCUGACUGAGAUGGAGACCGCUUAUGGCCGCCUUAAAAGGUCUAGGUUUCUGAUAGAGGAAGAGGGAAUCCGGGCAAUGUCACUUGCGUAUUUGAAGCGCAGCAAGUUUUAUGAAUUAGCUGAGUUCCUGAAGGAUGUAGGUCUAGGUAGAAGAAACUUGGGAAAUCUUCUGUGGAACCUUUUGUUGUUAUCCUAUGCUGCGAAUUUUAAGAUGAAAAGCUUACAAAGAGAAUUUUUGAGAAUGGUGGAAGCUGGUUUCCACCCUGAUCUUACUACAUUUAAUAUUCGUGCUCUGGCCUUUUCAAAGAUGUCUCUACUGUGGGAUCUCCAUCUUAGCCUUGAACACAUGAAACAUGAGAAAGUUGUUCCCGAUCUUGUGACUUGCGGCUGUGUUGUUGAUGCAUACUUGGAUAGAAGACUAGGACGGAAUUUGUAUUUUGCCCUCAAUAAAAUGAAUUUGGAUGAUUCCCCAUUGGUAUUAACGGAUCCAUUUGUGUUUGAAGUUUUGGGAAAAGGAGACUUUCAUGCAAGCUCAGAGGCAUUUUUGGAGUUCCAGAGGCAAAGGGAAUGGACUUAUAGGAAGUUAAUUUCAGUAUAUUUGAAAAAAACAUACCGGAGGAAUCAGAUCUUUUGGAAUUACUGACUAGCGACCUGCAUAUUGUGCAUGUUUGACUGAUUGUUAGGAAAGGAUUAUUGUCGCUGAUAAUACUAUGUCUAUCAGUUCCAGUUUGCAUUCUAUUGGUUCAAUUAGUGCAUGUAUGUAACAAAGUGAAAAUGCAGCUCAGAUGUGCAUCAUCCUGCAUUGUGGAAUGGGAUCUCCGUGUUCAGGCCGAGAUGAAGUUGGAUAUUGCUGAUGGAUGACUUACCAAUGUUAUGAACUUAUCAAAAGCUAAAAUGAAAAUGCUACAUUCAUUCAGAUUCAAAGAAAACUCCGAGGAGUGUGAAAUAAAGGUAUCAAUUAUUGAAGGAAUGAUAUUGGGACACCAGAACUGGCUUGGAUAAUCAUUUGUGGUAUAUUAGUUUCUGCAGUCAAGUUUGUAGUUGGAGGCAUGCUUCAAAGCUUGUAGCUUGGUUGUGCUUCAAGUUUACUAUGCAGAAAAAUUGUCUUACAAAA